AUGCAGGACACCGCCGCAGGCGCCGUGAAGGCGAGCGACGUUCCCAGUUACGUCGGUCACGGGAACGACGCUCUUGGUCGAGAAAAUCCCGGUCCCGGGAAAGACGUUCCCGGUCAAGGGAAAGACGUUCCCGGUCCAGAGAAAAACAUUCCCGGUCAAGGGAACGACGAUCCCGGUGUGGAGAGAGACUGCAGAAGCGGUGAGAGCAUCUCCAGAUCUGCAGCUUCAACGUGGCACGCCCAGAUAUUCCGAAUUGGUGAACAGCGUGCGUCCCAUGGAGCUUAUGGACCUCCAGGAUAUUCACCAUGCCCUGGUGGCCACCACGGGUGCCAUGGAACGCAGUACGUCCAGCCGAUGCCCUGGCCUUACGGCCAUCCGCAGCACCCGCAUCCACCAUGCCAUGGCCAUCCGGCGGCUCCUCGACCUUUUGCGCCACUACCUGGGUACCCGCCCAUGCCUCACUACUAUCCCUCCCACGGGCAUGUGCCAAAUGUGCACUACACCUACGCACCUCAUCCACACUAUCCUGGCUACUACAUGCCUGUUCCUGCUAUGCCAAAACAGGCGAGGGAGCCAAGCAGUGAUGAGGACCGUAAGAGGGAGAAGCAGGAGCCUCCUCCUCCGGCCAAGUUCGAUGACGACCAUUGGGAGGAGCCACGGUCCCGAACAAAGCUGAAGCUCUUUGGAGAAGAAUGCAGUGAUGAGUUUCGACAGAUGUGGAAAUAUCCCUUGUCUGAUGAAAGCCGGCGAAGCUUUGCUGGGUACAUUCCCAAAGUUCUCAAUGAAGAACUCUGUCGCAGCUUCUUCACGAAGAUCAAGGAUUCCUGCGAGUGGAAACAGCCUGAAGGAGCCUUCGGCCAGAUUCCACGAAAGACGUGCUGGAUGGUGAAGGGAAAUUGCAAGUGCAAGUAUCGGUAUGGCGGCCUGGAAGUGCAACCCGAAGAAUUCCCAAAGUGGAUGAUUGAGUUGAUGGAGGUUGUAUUGAGACCUUGCGGAAUUGCGCAGAACGACUGGCCAAACUCCUGCAAUUUGAACCUCUACGAGGAUGGUGGCAUGACAGUUGGUUGGCACUCCGAUGACGAAUGCUUAUUCCAAGGCAAGUUCAGAGAUUGCAGGAUCAUCUCCCUCUCCUUGGGUGCCACGCGAAAAUUUGAAUUGCGACGGAAUUGGCCCGAGGACAGGGAGGACCGCGUGCAACGAGUGGUUCUGAACACUGGAGACCUUCUAACUAUGGAGGGGAUGUUUCAGAAGCACUUUCAACAUCGCGUCCCUCGUGAAGACGUUAAGGAGCCGCGGAUCAAUCUGACCUGGCGCUGGGUCAAGAAACACAUUCCUGACUGCCCCGCAGGGCGAUCCAGAAGAGUCUGAGAAUUUCACCUGGCAGUUUUUUUUAAAAUAAACUCCCAAAGACAUGGAUGGUGCGAUGCGCAAGGCUUGAGCCGAACUUUGCU